AUGUCGUCGGUGAGACAACGAACAAGCAGUCCAAACGCUGCUCAGAGAAGGAAGGCGACGACGAACGACGACGAGAAAGAGUUCGUCAUCCCUCGAGAAAUACUCGAAGUUAUUGAAAAAAAUCGCACCAGAGAUGUUCUUAAAAUGACUGCGUUUUGUUUACUCCCGACCUCAAUAAUUAUUUUCGCGAAAGGGUUCGUGAGCGAAGAUAUGAGUGGAGUGAGUGUAUAUAACAUGGAUCAAGGCGCGCUGAAAAUCUUACUUUUAGCUGCGUUCACGUCCGUGUUGGCGUACGCGACAACCGCGCGUUUAAUACCAAUCGUCGCUCGACGCACGCUCGGGAAGCGAAACAUGUUUGGUUUAGAUAUUAACAAAAAAGGAACGAAAAUGGGCGAGAUUGCUAUUCCAGAGGCGUUGGGUUUAGCGAGUGGGUGUGCGGUGCUUGUGUCCUUGGUUAUCGGGAGGACUUUACACACGGCGUUCAUUUUGGACAACAGCGGAGAGAGCGAACACAACGCAGCGUUGGCGACGAUUGGGUUCAUGUUGUUUCUUGGAUUCGUAGACGACGUGUUAGAUUUGCCGUGGAGAGCGAAGAUGAUUUUACCCGGGUUUGCCGCGACGAUGUUGGCGCAAAGUUACCAAGGAUCGACGUCUAUCGUCGUCCCUCGCAUGUUUCGCGAAAAUAUGCGUUCGGUUUUAGGCGCGCUCGAUUCGGUCCCUAUUGUGCGGGAUAUCGUAACGAUGAAAGUGGACAUGAAGAGUGGAUUGAUGGACGUUGGGUACAUUUAUAUCGCGUUUAUCUGGUUGCUCGCAGUUUUUUUAUCGAAUGCGAUUAACAUCCACGCCGGUUUGAAUGGAUUAGAGUGCGGCCAAUCGUUAGUCAUCGCCGGCGGGAUUAUCGUUCUGAACGUUUGGAGUCUUUUGACAGAUCCAACGUCGAAUGUAGUCGUUGGACCGCACGUAUUUUCGUUGUUGUUAAUCGCGCCUUUCUUUGCUGCCACGGUGAGUUUGUUGGAGCAAAACUGGUACCCGAGCGCGGUGUUUGUGGGCGAUUCGUACACGUACUUCGCCGGGAUGACUUUAGCCGUGGCUGGCAUUUUAGGCCACUUCUCCGAAACGUUGCUGUUGUUUUGUUUACCCCAAGUGGUGAAUUUUUUGUACUCUAUUCCGCAAUUGUUUAAAAUUGUGCCGUGUCCUCGACACCGAUUACCGAGGUUUGAGACGCAAACCGGUUUAUUGAGUCCGUCCAAGGCGACGGAGACGCGAUACAACAUGAAUCUGGUGACGUUGUUUUUACGCGUUUUCGGGAAAACUACGGAAAGGAAAUUGUGUUUGCGAUUGUUAGCAUUUCAAGUCGCGUGUGUAGUAUUUACGUUCGCGGCGAGAUACGUGUUCAUCGCUUUCGUCCAUUGGAAAUAA